UUUUAAAUAGUUUGGCACGUUUCUUUUAUAAUCGGCGAAUGUCAAACUUUCGUGGAUAACGGUGUCAUGUACUAAUUGUAAUCGAGGGUAACGGGUAUCUAUACACCUGUGUUCAACGCGCAGACCACAGUUCAAGAAGUUUGAUAUUAAAGUCAUUUUUCGUAAUAUUAGCAUUAUUAAAAUGGUGCCGUGUAAAACAUAGUUAUACAUCAUUUCAUUUCUUCUUCAAAAUAUACAAAACGUUCAGCAAGUGUUGAUUUGUUUAAAAACAAAUAUGGUGCGCUGUUUAAGAUCAAAAGCGGAAAAAGGAGUUGCAAUAUGUGCUGGGUUUCUUUUAAUCGCAGCAAUUGCACUGCCACUUUAUAUCAAUACCUUGAAACCUAAAGAUGACGUCACAUCCACUGGAUCGAUCGCUUCACAGACGUCAUCUGGCAGGCGGACGACCACGUCAGACGGCCCUUACGUCAGUAACGGAUCACUGACGUUCGUCAAUAGAACAUUUGUGCUGAACGGAUCAGUGCAACUGCGGAUCAUAAGUGGUGCUAUUCAUUACUUCCGAACCGUAGCCGAGGGCUGGGAAGACCGACUGCGGAAACUGAAGGCUUGCGGAAUGAACACAGUGGAAACUUACGUUCCGUGGAACCUACACGAAGAAGAGAUGGGGAAAUUCAACUUUGAUGGAAUGCUGAACGUUACCCGAUUCCUGAACCUGGCCCAUCAGUUAGGGCUGUUUGUGAUCUUCCGACCUGGCCCCUAUAUCUGCUCGGAGUGGGACUUCGGAGGACUGCCGGGGUGGUUGCUAAACGACCCAAACAUGGAGGUACGCAGUAAUUACCCAAGAUACAUCGAGGCAGUUGAGAGAUACUUUUGCCAUCUGCUACCUCUGGUCAGGGAUCUACAGUACUCGAAAGGGGGUCCGAUCAUAGCUUUCCAGAUCGAAAACGAGUUCGGGUCAUACAGCACGGACGUUGCCCAUCUCCACAAAAUCAAAGAGAUGUAUGAGAAGCAUGGACUGACGGAGCUGUACCUGACCUCUGAUAACAUGGCAGGCCAGUCCAGAGAUGUCUUCUACCAGCACGCAUUGCCUACGGCGAACUUCAAAGACUAUUACAAAGAAGGGACGGUUUUGUUCGAUCAAAUCCGAAGGUGGAGCCCAAAUUUCCCCAUCAUGGUGACCGAGUUUUGGACCGGCUGGUUUGACCACUGGUUGUCCCCACACAGUGGGCUUGACGUCGAAGAAUAUGCCCGUUAUCUACGGGAGAUAUUGAAGUCUGGUGCCUCUCUAAACUUCUACAUGUUCCACGGAGGGACCAACUUUGGCUUCAUGAAUGGCGCAAAUAAGGAUUCUUUCUACUCGCCUGACGUAACAAGCUAUGACUACGACGCACUGUUGACAGAGAAAGGCGACAUUACACCAAAAUAUUUGAAGACUCGAGAACUUCUACUGGAAUAUGUGUAUAAGCCCGCAGGCCAGACGCUUCCAGAGAUCCCAGGAAAUCAGGAUCAAGCCGCCUACGGAAACGCGAGCGUUAGUGGAUACAUCCGCCUUGACGACUAUCUAACCAGCGUAACGCCCGUCUCACUCGCGUCCCCGAUGCCAAUGGAAAUGUUGAACAUAAGUGGGCGUGGUCACGGACAAAGUUAUGGAUACGUCCUCUAUCGCGCCAACAUACCACGUGGUGCGUCACAGAUCGCGUUCGCCAAUCUACCAACAGACAGAGCACAGAUAUUCCUUAACGAUCAAGAAGUUGCUACCAUGGACUGGAAUACUAAGAGCCUUUUAGUAUCUCUACCAAGACGGCCGACCGACGAUGGAAAGAACACUGCACGUCUGGACAUACUGGUUGAAAAUCAUGGUCGCGUCAACUAUGGCACCAGAGAAUCCGGGGUACUUAACAACGAGAGGAAAGGUAUUCGUGGGGAUGUAACUGUGGACGGUCGCCUUCUCAAGAACCUGACCGCGUAUCCCUUAGAGUUCAAGACGACAUGGUCAUCAUGGACUGACUGGAAUGCGGGGGACAACGGGACGGUGCCCGGGAUCUUCAACGGCUCAGUGACCGUUAGUGGGCAGCCUAAGGACACAUUCCUGUUUAUGAAGGACUGGGGCAAAGGCAUCGUGUUCAUCAACGAUUUCAACCUGGGCCGCUACUGGUCCGUGGGCCCACAGCAGACGCUGUAUGUGCCGGCAGCGAUACUCCGCGAGGGAGAUAACCAGAUCGUAUGGUUCGAGCAUGAAAAGAAGGGCACGGAGCCGAUUUUCACGGACAGGCCGAUUCUCAAUGUUAUCGAUCAGUCAAAAAUCAACCUUCAAGACCUUGCAUAACGAUCAUAGAUCGAAGAAUUGCAAUUUUGGACACUAGUUUCGUAUAACCGCAAUACCGUACCUAGAUGGCCGUUUAGAUAAGCUAUGAUUUUUGUUGUUUUUUAUUUUCGCAAAUAUGCAGUUUAGUUUUAUUAUAAACAAGAAGACACUUGAAGACAACAAUAGCGAUCGACAA